AUGUUCUUCAGCGAAACUCUACUACAAGAGCCUUCUGAAGAUCAGUCUGAGGAAACCUCGUGGACUGACCCAACUUCAUUAUCUCGUUAUAAGUCUCGUCGUCAGCAAAAGCCUCCGCGCAAACAACAACGCACAACUUCUCAAGAUUUUGACGAUCUUGUUUUCGGUUAUGAAGCAAAAACCUUCCGAGACAAUGAAAUGGCCAAAAAAGUUAAUGCCGGGGAGUUAUUAAUCCCUUGGAGGGGUGAAUCCGAAAAUAAAAUCUUACUUGAUAGAUAUGAUGUAAGAAAUUUGCUUGAUGAUCGCGACCGCUUUAAAAAAACUCCUUACACCAUGACACGGACUAUCGAGGAAAUCGAACAAGAAAAACUUUGCGAUAUAGAACGAUGGUUCGAUUUGGAUUCCGAAGCUGAAGAUAUCUUCGAUAUGUCUGAAGAAGAAAGAGAAGAUUAUAUAGAAGAUAAAAGAAAACGAAAAAGGGCACAGGCCAGAAAUAAAGAAUAUGAUUAUGAUUAUUUUCAAGAUUUCAAAGUGAAUGAAGAGGAGGAAGACGUUAAGAACAUAAAAUCUAGUUAUGUUCCAAAAUAUUCUGUACCUCAAGGAAUUGCAACGCCAUCUGACGAUCGUGUCGACGAGAUUAUCGAACGUACUGCCAAAUUUUUAAAUUCUAGUACCGAUAGCCAGAUGGAAAUCGUUAUUCAAGCUAAACAGGCCAACAACCCAAAAUUCUUCUUUCUGAACAAGGAUGAUCCACUAUAUCCUUACUACAAACAUGUGCGUUUAUUAUUACAAACUGGUCUCUUUUCGUAUGAGGAUAGUGAUAAGGAAGAUAAUGGCACGUCUGGCAAUAAGACCUAUAAGAAUAUUGGAAAAAAUAUUGUUAAACAAUAUAAAGGGGAUAACGUGAAAUCGCGCAAAGAUAAUGAUAAUGAUCUGAAAUCUACCGAUUCCAAAGGUGCGAUCAUCGAGUCGAAUUCCUCGAGUGUUAAUGCUGAAGAUUCUAACACUGCUAAGUCUUCGAAGUCUCAAUCUCAGCCUAUUGGUCCAAUUGUUGUACCACCACCAGAUCUCAAAAUUAUAAUUGAUAAGAUGGCUACAUAUGUUUCCAAGAGCGGUGAAUCUCUUGAAGCAAAAGUUCGUGAAAAGCACAUAGAUGACCCUCGUUUCAGUUUCUUACUGCCUUGGAAUGAGUUUCAUUCUUAUUACAGGCAAAGAAUUCAACAUGAAAAAGCAACUGUGGCAUCAACAUAA